AUGGCCUCUAAGAUUCAACGCUCCGCUAACGCAGCACGCGUCCAACCAGACGAAAUUGAAUUAUCAGUUGGUCAAGCUUUAAUCGACCUCGGCAACAACGUCCCAGACCUCAAGGCCGAGCUCGCACCACUCACCAUCUCCUCUGCUCGUGAGGUUGAUGUAAAGGGCGGUAAGAAGGCUAUUGUUGUCUUUGUUCCUGUUCCUCAAGUCAAGGCUUUCCACAAGGUUCAACAGCGCUUGACCCGUGAGCUCGAGAAGAAGUUCUCUGACCGUCACGUCGUCUUCGUUGCCCAACGCCGUAUCCUCCCUAAGCCAACUCGCAACCAAAAGCAACCUCAACAAAGACCUCGUUCUCGUACUCUCACCGCUGUCCACGCAGCCAUCCUCGAGGACAUUGUCUUCCCUUCUGAGAUUGUCGGUAAGCGUCUCCGUCAAUCCACUGACGGCAGCAAGUUGAUCAAGUGUUUCCUUGACCCUAAGGACUCACACAUCCUCGAGCACAAGCUCACCUCCUUCGAAUCCAUCUACAAGCGUCUCGCUGGCAAGGAUGUCGUCUUUGAGUUCCCAGCUCACGCUGACGUCUAA